CCGCCAUCUUGGCCCGGACGGAAGCCGCACUGAGCCAAAGCGCGUGUCCAGGCCCGGCCCCGGAAACGCGGAAGUUGGCCGGGUCCUUUUGUUAAUUGCUGAGAACUGAAACGUUUGGGUCACAACUCCGAAAGGUAGUUCUGCGCCCCCCCCCCCCUCCCUUUUUCUCCCCUCGCCUCACACCGCAUAAUGGCCGAAGAAGAGAAGCCGGGACCGGAUGACUCUUCCAGUCCUGAGAGUCUCUUGGACACCUUGCUGCACAACCUCUAUGACUUCGGAGAGACCUUAGAUAAAAAGACACUGAAAAGAAGCAAAAAUAAAAAGAAGAGAGAUUCAGUCACUGCAGAAGCUUUGACAGUGGACACAGUCUUGCAGCCAGAAUCUCUUUCAAGAGGUCAAAAGAAAAGUUCUUCUAGCUUCUUCAAAAAGCUUCAGGAAGAGCUUCUUUGUGACUCUUCUGAGGGUUCCCCUGGUCCUGCUUCCCAUCUGGAAGUCUCUGAAAAAAUUUUCCCUGCUCCAUUGCUAACAAAGGGACAAAAAGAACCAGUGGAAGUGGUUGAAUUUCACAGCUGGAAGAAAAAGAAGAAAACUGAACAAGAACCACCCAAAGAUGACGACACAAAGAAAAAAACCAAUGACCUUGAGAAGGGUACGGGUAUGCAAGAGUUUAAUUUGGAAAAGGCCCGUUUGGAAGUGCAUAGAUUUGGGAUCACUGGUUAUGGGAAGGGGAAAGAACGGAUUCUGGAACGGGAGAGAGCCAUCAUGCUGGGUGCUAAGCCUCCAAAGAAUAAUUACGUGAAUUACAAGGUUUUGCAGGAGCAGAUCAAAGAAAAAAAGGUAGCAAAGGAAGAAAAGAAGAGAAUGGCCCAGGUCACAGACACUCUCAGAAAGAAGAGGAAAGGUACAGAAGAUAAUCGGAAAUCCAAAAAGAAGAAAUUGGCUCCCAGUAUUUUGUCAGCAGGAUCAGGAGGACAAAUUGGAAAAUUCAAAAAUGGGACCUUAAUUCUGAGUAGUGUGGAUAUCAAGAAAAUAAAUUCUUCUAAAGUGACUAAAUGAAGCAUCAGCUAAAAAAUUAAGAAAAGCUAAGAUGAGCCCCAUCAUCCUAAAAGAGAGGACAUUACAAAUUCAUUCAGAAAUUUCCUUUUCACAUUUUUGCCGGAGCCUUUUUUUUUUUUUGCAACAUGUUUUAUUAUUUUUAAAAUUUUAUUUUUAUUGGUAUCUUUUGUUUUACAUCAUCUCCGUUAUAUCCUUCCUUACUCCCAAAGAGCCAUGCCUUAUGACAAAAGAGGAAAAGAAAGAGUUCGUUUAAACUAAGCAAGGACAACUGAAGUCCAGUGUUUUGUUCUGUGUUCCACAACCAUCGUCUUCCACCUCUUCUCUGAAGCCAAACUUGGUCAUUAUCAUUGCCUAGGAUUCCAUUUCUGUUGUUUUAUUAUUGUCCUUUCCAUUUCUUCUGAGAAUGUUAUUUUCCUGGCUAAGCAUCAGAGUUCAUAUAAAUUUCACCAUGCACCUCUGCCUUCA